AUGAAGAGUAAGCAGGCUAGAGUGGAAGAAUAUAUUAAUUCGGCAAAUAAACUAAUUCAAAAGAAAACUACUGGACCAAAUUGCCAUUGUAGAAAAAGAUGUUUCACUAAAAUAGACGAUACCCAACGACAGAACAUACUUGAGCAGUUUUAUAGGACGGGAGAUAAAACUAAACAAGACAUUUACCUAGGGGGAUUAAUCAGUGUGUCAAAUGUGAAGAGGAAACGCCCGACUACAGGAGAGGGUAGAGAAAAAAGCAACACCUAUCAGUAUAAGUUACGGGCAGGAAGCCAGGAAACCAUAGUAUGCAAAAAAGCAUUCUGUUCUUUGCAUGGAGUAUCAAAAAAUAGAGUGUCUCAGAUUGCCAAAAAUCUGACGCUGGGUAGUAUUAUGUCACCUUCCGAUAAGCGUGGGAAGCAUUCCAAUAGGCCGAACAAAAUCAGUGAAGAAAUAAUAGCGCAAAUAGAAGAACAUAUUCGGAGUUUUCCCAGAAGAAAAUCUCAUUAUAGUAGGGAGGAUAAUCAGAAAAGGUAUUUUUUAUCUCCUGAGGUGAAUAUUGCAACAAUGCAUCGCCUCUACCUUCAAAAAUAUGAGCCAGAAAAGUAUGCUCUCCUAGACGAUGGGAAAAUUUUGAAGGACAUUAAACCAGUAGUAACAUAUGAUUUUUAUCAUCGGCAAUUUAAUCUCAAUCAUAACCUUAGUUUUGGACAUCCAAGAUCAGAUACCUGCCAGAAAUGUGACCGCCUGCACAACACAAUUUCCGCAGAAGCAAAUGCAGAAAAUAAAACCCGCUUGGAAACUGAAAAGCAUCACUACGUACCACCAAUAUAUAAGUGGUACUACGAGCAAAUACGGGUCACAAAUCAAGAUGAACAACAACGAGAAGAAGAACUUGACAGCGAUAGUGGCGAAGUUGAAACUGAAGAUUUCUAG